UAGCGCCAUCUACGACUCAUUAUAAUUGCCGUAUCCUAACAUUUACAUUUCUAUUGAGGUUUAGAACGAAAAUUAUUCACUGCUGCACUGAAUUUUAAUUUUAACCAGCAUGCAGAUAAUUGUGUCAACGUUAUUCCUAUUACUGAUACAUCAUGGCACAUCGAUAUACGUUGGGGAUUGGGAAACAGGUUCUCCCCGGCGGCGCUCUACGCGGGCAUUGGACCAGUUUAAGUCGAUGGUGAGAUGUACAACACCACAUCGCCACGUUUUAGAAGCAUAUAACGGUUACGGUUGUUGGUGCGGGUUCGGCGGAGGUGGAAACCCAGUCGACGAAACCGACAGGUGUUGUAUGAACCAUGAUCAGUGUUAUUCUGAAGCGAUAAAAAAACACGUAUGCUCCAAUACUGAUGUCUACAUUGCACGAUAUGAAUUUGCUACGACUGAGUGCCGAUCAGAUGCUGCAAGCAUAACCUGCAUAGAAGGCUCUACCAACCAUCCAUCUCACAGGAAGUGCGCACUUGAGAUUUGUGAGUGUGACAGCCAGGCGGCGUUAUGCUUCAAGACUUCGUCCUACGACUCUAAAUUUCUUGACCACGAUCGAAGUGCUUGUAAAGCUGAGUAACAGCACAAUAAAAUAUGCGAGUGGGCCUAGUGAUUAUGUGUAUCAUGAAAAUUGUAUCCGUGACGUCUUGUCUUAAUGAAAGGAAAUACCAUUUUUACCGACGACAGUGAUAUAUUUGCAAUAUUGUGUAAUAUUCAAAUACAUUAAAUGCAACAUUGUUCGUCAUUUUAAAGACAAAUUUUGUGUAGAAAUGAUAGUCUUGUUUUUUAGGUACCUUGCCCAAGGCAAAAAGCGAGAUACUACGUACACCGAAACUUGGUUUGAACCACAUGUCACAAUCACUGCACCAACCGCUCCCACACUACUUCAAUAUCAUUACUAGAGUUUACCCUGGCUAUCGCACAGAUGGGUUCCCAUAUUGGGAGGGUCAUGAGAAGAGAGCUAGCUUGUUUUUUUGCUGGAAGAUAAAUUUUUAGAUAUUCGAAAAGUUUUUGUUUUUUAGGUGCUUUGAAAUACACUUCGUGCAUUAUGAGACGUCUAUUAUUGAAUACACUCAUUUAUAGUUUUUCCCUACUUUGCUAUGGACAAUUAAUAAUUAUGAUGAUGAAGAAGAUGAUGAUGAAGCUGUGCAAGAUUAAUUAACAGGCUCUUUGAUGUGAAGUGUCAAGCGAGGCCCGUCCUAAGUUAUGGUUGGGAAUUUGGAGACAUUGUCGUCGUCGUCAAAUUUUCAAUGCACACAGUCGGACAAUAGAGGAUUUAUGAUAUCUGUUUUGUAUAGAAAGUAAUAUGAAACCCAUAAAA